CGUUUAUAUGAGAACAGAGUGCGAAUAUCUGGUAACUUAUUAAUUAGCUCUCAUCGAUUGGGUUAUUUGUUGACAGCGGCCUGUCAGGCUUCGACUAAUACGUCACAAACUCCCACUCCUCCAACAUUCCCCUCCCAGUUCACCACCUCCUCAUUUUUCUCACCAUCGCGAUCACCCAUUUUUUCCCAUCAAACACGCGAAAAAAACCGAUACCAAAGAUGACUUCGAUUAUACGCGCGGCAUCUAACGCUAUUCCUUCUAAGCUGAGGCCUGUGUUGCUCGUGUUUCUCAACCUCGCGCUCGCUACCGGCCUUAGCUACCUCGCCAAUCCAUGGAUCGGCCAGGACAUUAUGGCCGUUGAGCGGCCGAUGACCACUUUAAACGAUUAUAUGGGAGUCGUCGGGUGGCGUAUCGUGGAGGUUCUAGGUUACUGGAUAGGUGGAUGGGAUGCCUCACGAGCAGCCUGUCUAGUCACACUUACUCUUUCGCCUGCACUUCAUUAUCUACAUACCUACCAGCCAAGCCACUCGCCGCUCCUCCCAACCCUCGCUGUGACCACCGCGAUAGACGUGCUGUCAAUCUACCUUCCUCUUCGCUUCCUUCGUGCUUCGCCCAAGGACUCGACUGCAGCACCCUUCAAGCAAGAUUCCAAGACCGAUGCGACCCGCUUCCUGACGACCCUCCUUUCAUCCAGUAUCUACCAGUUGGUCCUUUACUCGGCGAGCAAAAAAUUCCUUACCUCCUGGCUUUUGGAAUCUGGUUGGGAUUUGGAGUCAGUGGUGCGCGUACAUGACGCCCCGGAAGCGGCGCUUCUCGCUCGUGCGGUGAUGAUGAUGCCUGUUGGUUGGGCUGCUAGCGAGAUUAUCUUCUACUCUCCAAAUGGAUCUGCGGAUUCUACCAUCCCAACCGAUCCCGCUCCCGAGGAGAUCAAGCAGGAUUAUACCGGUGUCUGGGGAUUCUUCCUCCGUAUGUGGAUGAGCAGAUUGAGCCCCCGCUCGCGCAAGAUCAUCAGGAGGACUCUAUUGAUUGCUAGCUACCAGGGAAUUAGCUCUAUCGUUGAGCUUGCUGGAAAAGUCAAAGGCGGUGAUUUGAGGGGCGCUGCUGGUGUUAGUGGAGUCUGGGCAGUCGCUACAGUGAUUGUUGGAGCGGUUCUUUGCUGGGUCGGGAGGGUUUAAACACCAAUGUUCGAUGAACAAGGCAGAUGGGAGGAUGGAAGGAUGGGUGGAUGGGAGGAUGAGGAUGGGAGGAUGGGAGGAUGGGAGGAUGGGAGGAUGGGAGGAUGGGAGGAUGGGGAGGGAGGCAGGUAAGUAAGCUGGUAGGUAGAAAGGGUGAAGGACGGCGUUGGAUUCAGCCUUGGCUUCUUGAGUUAUCAAUAGUCUCUUUUUUGAUCUACAUUUUUUUAUUGAUCCUGUUUUCCUUCUUGUCAAAA